GAAAAUGUCCACAGUGCUCCUUCUGCUGUUGGAGUUUUGCCUGUUGCUGGUGACGGCGCAAGACAGAGCGGCAGAAAAACCAGAUGCGUUCUGUGAGCCAAACAAGAUCUUCUACAAAUGUAAACCUUGCCCAAGGAGUUGUGGUAACCAGGAGACACCAUGUUCAAAAGACUGUCAGUCAGAGUGCUACUGUAAAGAAGGCUAUGUGCUGGCAUCCCCUACUUCUAAUACGUGUAUUCCUGAGAGUGAGUGCACUUCUUGUGGUCCUAAUGGAAAGUAUAAUGACUGCAUAUCCCAUUGCCAGGAUACUUGUGAAAAUUACCUGCAGCAAGAUAGGCCUUGUGCCAUGAUGUGUAAACCAGGUUGUGUCUGUGUAAAGGGGUAUGUUAUGCAUAAUGAUCAAUGUAUCCGUCCCAUAUUGUGCCCAAAAAUAACCCGAUCCUUCAGUCCAAUAAUUUUACCACUCUUAGGAAACAUGAAUAUCACGCGAACAUAGGACAUUCAAUGGAGACUAAAUUAUAUUAAUAUUGUAUUAUGCCUGCACUUAUUAUUUUUCAGUAUUUGCUUUCAAUAAAAUAAUAUUUAGAUGA